UUUCAUUCUACUCACUCACUACCAUAGAAUCUACACCUUUAUUUUUAGCUUAAAAUCUCUUCUCUUUGAAUCUCAAGAUUUUGUUCCUUUUAUGAAAAAUAUCACAAAAAAGAAGUUUCAUCGAAAGUUUCUAUAGAGUAUAAUAGAAUCAUCACCGUCUCAAAAUAAUUUACAACUUUUUUAUAUAAGUUUAAGCUUCUCUUUAAUCCUUCUCUAGUGUUGUUGUGAUUUUCAGCUUUUGGUAGCUCUUACCAUAACCAUAACCACCAAACAUCACCCCACGAUGUUAAAAGCACUUUUCUUCACACUUUAUUCUCCUAUCUCUUUCUACCAAUUCCAUUUCUUCACAUUUUAAUACUAUUUAUUGCUAUUUACUACCUUCCCUUUUCAUUUUCACCCCUUUUAAUGAGAUUUUUUUCUCAUUCCAAAAGACACACUCUUCAAUCUUCCCACUCAAGUUUCUCUCUUAUAUUUUCCAAAAAACACAAACCAUUUCACACACAAAAAACACAAACAUAAAUCAUGGAAUAUAGUAUCCUAUGUAAAACCACUGUCCAUGAAAGUGUUACUAAGAUGAAGUACACAAAACCAAAAAAACACACCAACAACAACAACAAAAAAUCUAUUCAAAUACCAAGCGUGAUUCGAGUAACAUAUACUGAUCCGGAUGCUACUGAUUCAUCAAGCGAUGAAGAAUCAAAUUUUAUCAUUCCUCGCAGAAGAAUAAAGCGAUAUGUCAACCAAAUGGAAAUAGAAACCGUCGCCUCAACGACAGUGUCUGGUAAUAAGAGAAAGUCUUUUAGAAGAAUGAAACCUUCGCACAGACCUGCGAAGGUUUCAGCUAUCACUGGAUAUGAAAGAAAGUAUCGCGGUGUUCGGAUGAGACCUUGGGGAAAAUGGGCUGCUGAGAUUAGAGAUCCGGGGUCUAAAGUCCGGUUAUGGUUAGGAACUUUCAGCACUGCUGAAGAAGCUGCUAUGGUUUAUGACGCUGCAGCGAUAAAGUUUCGUGGUAAAGACGCUGUUUUAAACUUUGCACCACCGUUGCCGAAGAAUGUAGUAAAAGCUGAAGUUGUUAAAGAAAAAAUGAAGGUUUCCGCCGUUAAAACGGAGGUUUCAGGUUCCGGUGAAGAUUCCGGCGAUGAGUUUAUUAAUCUAUCUUCUCCUACUUCAGUACUCCGGUUCAGAAAUGAGGAAAUUGGUGAACCGGUGAAAAUAGUUGAACCGGUUAAUGAAAAUGAAGAUGAACCGGUUGAAGUAGAACCGUUUGGUGAGUGUGAAGGUGAAACGAGGUUUUUCGACGAAACUAAUGAUAUUUUCCGACAAGACAUGGAUGAAGUGUUCAAUUUUCCUACAACAUGUGAUUAUUCACUUAUGUUUGAUGAAGAUCCUAUGUUAUUUUUUGAUGAAACGACAACGGUUUUGGUUGAUGAGUGUCGUUUAAGUGAUCACGUGGAAUUUGAUAAAACGCACUUACCUUCAUCAUCAUCAUCUUUAUGCCAACAACAACAAGAGGAUGAUUUUCUUGAAGACAUUUUGUUAGAUUUAGAGCCUCUUGUUAUGCUUUGAAACAGUGCAAAAUUGUUACUCUCAUGAAUCUUCAUAAGUCGUCGUUGACCUGUUGAUUUUUUCUCAACAGAUUUUGGUGUUCCGGUGACAAGAAAAAUCUCAAAAAAAAAAAAAAAAUUAUAUAGUUUGUUAAAUAUAUAUAUUAACCUUUUAUAUUUUCUGCAAAUUUUGUUUAUUUAGAUAAGGAAGAGAGAUGAGUUAAGUUUUGUUUUGUUUUAGUUUUAUUAUUUAUUUUUAUAAUUUUGUUGCCUAAUAACUACUAGGGGUUUAUGAGAAUGUAAUAUAUAUUGUUCAAAUAUCAAUGCAAGAGUAUUAAGU